AUGUUAGUUAGAACAGUAGUUAGAAACCUUCCCAAGACAUUUCCAGCCUUGGGAACUAAUUCGAGAAGAUUCUUCACGAAUAAGGUUUCCCUAAACAAGAAGUUCGGUGCUUUAACUAUGUCUUUGAGGAAUCUAACCACGGAAUCGGGAAAACUCCUUCAAGUUGUUCAAGGAGAAAUCCACCACGAAACCUCAAAUUAUGAACCUCCAAACUUAGUCAAAGAUUACUUAUCUAAAUCAGGAUGGAAAUUUGUCGAAAAGGACGGUGAUGUCAAUAUGACUCUUGAAAAGAAAGUCGGAGAUUUGUCUGUGGUUGUUGAUUUCCAACUAGUGUCACCAUUUGAGGCCGAAGGAGACGGAGAAACGCAAGCAGAAAUGACUGAUUUCUCAGUAACAGUUGAGAAUCCAGUGGGACAAGGGGUUACAUUCUUUUGUAGCACACUACAAAACGACGAAAAGUACAGAUACAUCAUCUGCAAUGUCAGAAUGUAUGCAGACCAGGAAGCCAAAAACUCCGUUUCAAGCUAUAACGGACCUGAGUUUGAAGAUCUAGAUGAUACACUACAAAGCAGCUUCGAUGAAUGGCUUGCAAGUCUAGGAGUAGAUUCUGAACUUUGUGAUUUUAUCGACGCCUGUAGCAUCGAUAAAGAACAAAGAGAAUAUAUGGUCUGGCUUAAAGGCCUGGAAAAAUUCUUAUCUUCCAAAUAA